GGCGGCGGAGGCGGCCGCGGCGGAGGCGCGGCGGGAGGAGGAGGAGGAGGAGGAGGAGCGCAGGGCGGCCGAGGAGGCCCUGGAGCGGGGGCGCUCGCGCGCGGAGGCGGCCGGGGCCAGUGCGCGGCCCGAGGGGCCGCCGAAUGCGGGCGCCCGCGGCGCUCGCGCGGCGGCGGGCACGCCGAGGACGAGCGCCAGCGAGCCGAGCUCGAAGGCGGGCUCCCCGAGCCUGGGGGCGCUGGACCAGGUUCUGCUUCGGGCCACCCCGCUGGGGCAGUUGUGCCAGAGCUACGAAAUGGGCUUCACGGACCAGGACCUGCAGAGGAGGCUGGAGCUCCAGUUCGCGAAGGCAGAGGGAGGCACGCCCAAGACGGCCGAGCGCACCCAGGCCGUCUCCCCGAUGAUCUCCCCGAAGCCCGCCCGGGACGGCGUCGCGUUCAAGGACCCGGAGCUGCAGCGGAAGCUGGAGGUGCGCAGGCUCAGGGCGGAGGGAGGUCAGGGGAUGGCCCUGCUCACCCCGACGCUCGUGGCGGCGCCGUGACGCGGCCCCAGAAGGGCGGCACGGCCGCGCCGUCGGCGGCGCGCCGGGAGGAGCCCGGAGGCUCGGCCGCGCCGGCCUCCUCGCCGCGGCACGCGGCGGCGCCCCCCGCAGGGGAGCGCGGCGCGCGCGAUGGGCUCGGCUCGAAGCCACAGCUCGGGGGAGGCGCCGGUGCCGCUCAGCUCCCUCCGCGGCCGGCACAGCUCCAGGCACACCACAUCGCAUUUUCCAGACGUGCGCCCAGGGCGCGGCGGCCGCGGGUCCGGCGGCAGGGCGCGGCGCACGCCCCUCGCGAGCGCAUGCGGCGGGGGCGCCCAGCCGCGUUCGCAGCACGGACAUCACGGCGGGAGGCGUUGGCCCACACGUUCGGCCUCCAUGCAGGGGGCCCUCGCCGGGCCCCGG